AUGGGUGCUCAUGAUGCAGCAUUGGGUGGGAAAUGUGAUGUCAUCACAGUUUUAUUAGAGUUGGGGUUUGAUGUAAACUGUAAAACUAAAGAAGGACAUACAAUGCUUCAUUUAGCGGCUGCGAAAGGUCACAGAGAAGUAGUGCAACUCUUGAUCAGUAAAGGGGCAAAUGUCAAUGACAAAGGCAACAUGGGUCGCACACCAUUACAUUACGCUAUUCAACCUAACAACGUUAGUGUAGUUCAGGAACUCAUUGAGAGUGGGGCUACAGUAGAUGUUCAUGACAAUAAACAAUGCACUCCUUUGCAUCUUGCAACAUAUUUAGGAGAUAUUCCGAUAAUGAAAAAUCUUAUUCAAGCAAAUGCAGGUAUACAUAAUAUUCAUACUUAUGGCAAUAUGGGUGGUCAUGAUGCAGCAUUGGGUGGGAAAUGUGAUGUUAUCACAGUUAUGUUAGAGUCGGGGUUUGAUGUAAACUGCAAAAAUAAAAUAGGUGAUACAAUGCUUCAUUUAGCUGCUUUUAAAGGACACAGAGAAUUAGUGCAACUCUUGAUCAGUAAAGGGGCAAAUGUCAAUGAAAAAGAUAACGAAGGUCGCACAUCAUUAAAUAUAGCUGUUGCAUCUAACAAUGUUAGUGUAGUUCAGGAACUCAUUGAGAGUGGGGCUACAGAACAUGUUCGGAGCAAUGAAUGA